AUCAUCUGAAAAUCUUAUUUCGGCAGCAAGGUUCCAGACAAGCUUAAUUAUGCUCAUUUUAAUUUAUAUAAUUUAAUCUUAUUUUGGUAGGAAAAAUACUUGUUCACUUUUUUAGUUAGUUGUAGCUUGCAAAGCAAGACUUACUGUUCCAAUUAUGGGGGAAAAAGUCUUUGUGGGAGCCAGACAACAUUUGCUGGACUGAGACUCAUCAUCUCAAAAGCCUCACAGAGGAUACCAAUGUCAUCCAGACCUGUCAGUGCAAGAGAGUAUGAAAGUAGUGAUCAAUUUCCCGGUCAUUCAGCUUCUCCACCAGUCCCAAAUUCUAGUGAAACUGAAGGCUUGAUAUUUUAUCACAUGGAUCUUUAUGGAUCAAAUGAGAGGUUUGAUAUCUUUCCUGAAGAGCCGUCUGGUCAAGGAAGCAGAUUUCUGGGAAAUACCAGAAGGGAAUCUGCACUGAGUAGUGAAAAAUGUCAGAACUCACAUGAAGCUGGAUAUGACAUGGAAAAGGAGGUUGCAGAGCUGGCCAAGAUGUAUGGGCUUGAUGAGGACAGAGAAAAAGAACUUGAGCUUCUUGGAGGACAUCUGGAGACAGUGGGCAGUAAAUGGCUACCUGCUCACACACAAAAAUCAGGACUGCAAGACUCUGUAUAUAAUAGAUCAAAAAGCAGCUCACCAGUGAAAGAUCAAAGUAAAAGCACAAAGCACCAGGAACUUCCUGAUGAAGUUUCUCAAGAUGAAGAUCAGCACAAAGCCAGAACAGAGAAUGAAGCUGAUAGCCACACAUGGUUCAGAGAGGGGCUUAGCAGCAGUGGCGUGUCGGAUGAGCGGAGCAGCCAGGCUGUCAGUGAGGAGGAAGAAAUGGCAGAUGUUUUUUGCUGUACUUGCAAGAUACCAAUCCGAGCUUUUGACAAACUGUUUGGUGAGCACAAGGAUCAUGAAGUGGCUCAGUUAUCUAGUGCUGUGGAAAGUGAAAAGGAGGAGAUUCACAAAAACAUGUGCAAAUUGGAAGAGCAGAUUGCUCAGGUGGAAAACUUUGCCAGUCACUUGGAAGAGAUCUUCAUUACUGUAGAGGAGAAUUUUGGGAGGCAGGAGCAGAACUUCGAGGUUCAUUACAACGAUGCAGUGCAAGUGCUUGCUCAGAAAUAUGAAGAACAGUUGGAAGCACUGGGGGAAGAGAAGAAGCAGAAGUUGGAAGCACUGUAUGAGCAGCUGGUCAGUUGUGGGGAACAUCUUGACACUUGCAAGGAGCUGAUGGACACAACCCACAAGCUUUACCAGGAAAAUGACAAAGUCACUUUUAUGAAGGAAGCAGUAACCAUGGUUGACAGAUUGGAAAAAUUCUUAAAGAAAGAAGUGAACUUAAAGCUUUCAACACAUCCAGACUUCGAAGAGCGUGCCAUAGAUUUCUCAGAAGUUGAACAGCUAAUGAACUCCAUUAAUACUAUUCCAGCUCCUUGUGCCCCCGUGAUCAAUCCCCAGGCUCCCAAUGCAGCAACUGGCACCUCCCUGAGAGUUUGCUGGGGCCUAUUCUCAGAUGACACUGUGGAGUGCUACCAGCUGUGCUAUAAACCAGUGAGCAAUGAGAGACACAGUGAUGAACAAGCAGAGCAUAUGCUAAAAGUCAAAGAAACAUACUGCACCAUUUCUAAUCUGUUGCCGAAUACACAGUAUGAGUUUUGGGUCAGUGCUUCAAAUGCUUCAGGCAUCAGCCCACCAAGUGAAAGAGCUGUUUAUGUAACAGCUCCUUCACCACCUAUCAUUAAGAGUAAAAAGAUACGAAGCUGUGAAAAUGCAGCACUCGUGUGCUGGGAAUCUAGAGACGUUAAUCCUGUUGAUUCCUACACGGUCGAAUUGUCCAAGCUGACAGAUGAAGAAAAUGGUGAUAUUAUUACUGAAUCUAUUGUUGGGAUUCCUAAUUGUGAAGCCCUGAUUCACCUGCAGCCAGCACAAAGCUAUCACAUUUGUGUUAAAGCCCUAAACCUGGGUGGUUCCAGUGAGAGAAGUGAACCUGUCCUGAUACACACCACAGGCACCUACUUCUGUCUUAAUGAGGACACAGCCCAUCCUUUAUUGGCAAUUCUAGAUGAUGGAUUUACAAUUGCAUGUGAUGAACUGGAAAACCCAGAGUGUGAUCUGCCCGUCUAUGAUAACAGCUUUACAAGGUGUAUCGGGAUCCUGGGCAGUCUGAUCCCUUUUCCGGGAAAGCAUUACUGGGAGGUGGAAGCUGAGGAAGAUACAGAGUACAGAAUUGGCGUGGCUUUUGAAAACACUCCAAGACAUGGUUACCUGGGGGCAAACAACUCAUCCUGGUGCAUGAGGCACAUCAUCACACCAUCAAGGCACAAGUACGAAUUCCUGCACAGUGGGAUGACACCAGACAUCAGAAUUACUGUUCCCCCCACAAAGAUUGGUAUCCUGCUGGACUAUGAAAGCUACAGACUGUCAUUUUACAAUGCUGAUAUUGCCCAGCACCUUUACACGUUCAACUCACACUUUCAGCAUUAUGUCCAUCCCUGCUUUGCUUUGGAAACGCCUGGUACCCUAAAGGUACAUACUGGUAUUACAGUACCCCCAUGGACUGCCCUCCUAUAAGCCUGUGUUCCUCAACAGUCCUACGCACAUAUAACGAACACUGACAAAUUCUCUUUCAGCACUGUCCCAUCACCUCCCUAAAAUCCAGCUCUCUCCCAGGACAGCAAAGCAUCCCUGACCCAAACAAUCUGCCAGGCCUAAGCCCUUGGACAAUUUUAUCUCAUCUUAGGCAGCAUUUUAGAAGAAAACCAUUACAGUUACAGGACUCAUCAGCACCCUGGAGCUGUUUGCAGAAUUCUUUAGGGUUAGAAACAGAUCCCAUCCUUCCCACAAGUGACACCAAGCACCAGUGACAGAUGGAUUACUUGUUCCCCCAGUACCCAUUUUAUGUUUGGGGAACUCCCCUGUUCCACAGCAAUCAUUAACUCCACUCCUGUGUCCUUUGAGAAGCUAAAAAUUCAACAAAAAGCCAGAACAGCAAAAGGCACAAUCACCAUACAGAUCCUAGAGAAAGCUAAAAACACUCUAGCCAUGAAGCUGAUCUCACAAUCAAGUAUUCUUGUCGGUACACAGUCUGCACGAGAUCAUCAACUACACCUCUCCUGCGUGUGAACUGUUAGCACAUACCAUAUACAGCUGGAGGACUGAAACAGUGACACUUACUGAAACAAUCAAGCAUGUCCUAAAGUCUCAAACAUGAAAACAAACAAACAAAAAAAAUCCAAAAAUCAUCCUUACCAAAUGCCCACGCUUCUCAUUUAUCUAGGGAAAAAGCUAAAAACAAAAAUCACAUGGAUGCUUUCUGCAGUGCUUGGCUGCCCAUACAUAGAAGUCUAAGUCAUCCUUUUUUACCUUUUUUGGUGACCAUCCUCACCUCCGCUUUGGUAUGUUCUCCACUCACAAAUUCUUUCCCCACUCCUCAGCACAAAUUGCUUUUGACCUCUGAUGCUGUGCCUCUGAAGCUUCAGGCCUCCAUUGUGUGCUGACAGUAGCAGCACUGGCUCAGUGCUCAACCAGAACAUUCUUGUUUAGACCUCAUUUCCAGAUUCCAGACAAUUGGACAGAUACCACCUGUCAAGCAGGCUUGUCUAGCUCUUAACAGCCUCACUUGUGGGUGUCAAAACUACCAGAAUUUAAGCAAGAGUCGUUAACAGAUAGCUUUUCAACAGAUUUAUUGUACAUUCAUUACAAAAAUAAUUGGUUCAAAUUUUCUAUUCUAGGGGUUUGUCAGGAACAGGUUGUCUCUACAAUAGACACAGUCCUUAUAAAUAAAGCUUGGCAAAACUUA